CAGGCAAUUCGAUCGCGGGUCCCUUUCUCUUUCUCCGCUGCUUCCUCAAUCCUCAGCGCCGUCGUCCUCGCCUCCGUGUCUCCUCCCUAUUAAUAUUGCUCUCAUCCAAGCCCAAAUCCACCGAAUUCUCGCCAUAGCGGGAGCCGAAUUCACACGCGAAAGGACGCGAGGGAGCACCGGUUCUUGAGAUUCCAGAUCUUCAGCGACUGUAAGGACUGCACGUGAUAUGAGCCAUCCACUUUCCCCGCGAACGGACCAGAUCUGAUGCUACAGUGGAUGGAUCUACACAAAAAUGGCAAUAACGGUUCCUGCCCCAGCUCAUGCGGGCCACUGACAGAGUACUACAUCCCCGAUUACAUACUGAAGCCGGACUCUGAACCAGUCAUUAUUGAUAAUGCACCAUGUUGUCCUGUGGUAGUCUUCAUCAACUCUAGAAGUGGCGGCCAACUGGGGAGCAGUCUGAUCAAAACAUACCGUGAACUUCUCAAUGAAGCGCAGGUUUUUGAUCUCUCGGAAGAGUCUCCUGACAAAGUUCUGCACAGAUUAUAUUGCAAUUUCGAAAAGCUCAAGUGUAACGGUGACCUUCUUGCUAUUCAAGUUCAGAAGAGCUUGAGACUGAUUGUUGCUGGUGGUGAUGGCACAGCAAGUUGGCUGCUUGGAGUAGUUAGUGACCUUAAGCUUUCACAUCCACCUCCAGUUGCUACUGUGCCUCUAGGAACUGGAAAUAACCUUCCUUUCUCAUUUGGAUGGGGAAAAAAGAAUCCAGCUACUGACCAAGCAGCAGUGAAAUCGUUCCUGGGCAAAGUAAAAAGAGCAAGGGAAAUGAAUAUUGAUAGUUGGCAUAUCAUCAUGAGGAUGCGAAUUCCACAGGAAGGCCCAUGCGAUCCUAUUGCUCCCUUGGAUCUUCCACAUUCGUUGCAUGCAUUCCACCGUGUUUCAGACUGUGACUCUCUCAAUGUGGAGGGUUACCACACAUUUCGUGGAGGAUUCUGGAAUUAUUUUAGCAUGGGAAUGGAUGCACAAGUAUCAUAUGAAUUCCACUCUGAAAGGAAGAGAAAUCCAGAGAAGUUCAAAAACCAGCUAACAAAUCAGGGUACAUAUGCUAAACUUGGACUUAAACAAGGAUGGUUUGCUGCUUCCCUAACCCAUCCUUCUUCAAGGAACAUUGCGCAACUUGCAAAGGUGAAGAUCAUUAAAAGACCUGGUGGCCAAUGGGAAGAGCUUAAGAUUCCUCGCAGCAUCCGAUCAAUUAUCUGCCUCAACUUGCCAAGUUUCUCAGGAGGAUUGAAUCCUUGGGGUACGCCUAGCACGAGGAAAGUACAAGACAGAGACCUGACUGCACCUUAUGUUGAUGAUGGCCUUAUUGAGGUUGUCGGCUUCCGUGAUGCCUGGCACGGGCUCGUCCUGCUGGCUCCUAACGGCCAUGGAACUCGUCUAGCACAGGCCCACCGAAUCCGUUUCGAGUUCCACAAAGGAGCGGCCGAGCACACGUUCAUGAGGAUCGACGGGGAGCCAUGGAAGCAGCCUCUCCCCAAGGAGGACGACACCGUGGUCGUCGAGAUCUCGCACCUCCGGCAGGUGGCCAUGCUCGCGAGCGACCCGUGCAAGUCGAAGAGCGUCAACGACCCCUCCUCCCCGUCGUGCCACGGCCACGACGACGACGACAGCAACAGCCUGGAGGACGAGGACGAGUGGGUGGACGGGAGGAAGAAGUUCGGUGCGGCGGCCACCUUCAAGAUCCCCGACGAGGUGGACAUCGCCCAUCUUAGCUAGAGCGCGUCCGUCCUGGCGUCCUGCCUCUCCUCCGUUCGUGCUGGUUGUGCGUGAGGUUUGGAAGUUCAGAAGCCAUUUCAGAAUGUUCCCUGCAGCUGUUAGUGAUUCUGCUCCCUUUUUUCUUAUCGUUUUCGGGAGUUCAGAUUUCAGAAGUUAACGACUGCUGUUAGCGAUACUGCUCAUUUUGCUCUCUAUUUUCCUGUAAAUCACAAGUUUAGCGGAGGUGGCUGGACUACUCCAUAUGUUAAUUAACUUGUUAUCAUUGUUUUGCUA